AAAAGAGUGCAAAAUUAGGUUGAAAUAGAGAACGUGGGAGACACAUGCUUAGCUGUGGCUCGUGGAAACCACAAGUCGCUGUUCUUAUUUGUUCUCACAGAUCAUCACUUUUUUAUUUUAAUUCCCAAUUUCAAUCCGCAAAAGAAUAAACCCAAUUAAACCCUCUAAUUUCUCCUUCCAUUUUCUGAAUUAUUGUGCCCUUUUUAAUGCACAAGAAAUAAAUAUUACUAAUGGAUCAGUGGAAUACAAUAGCAACACCAAAAAAUAUGGACCCUUGUUCUUCUGAACCCAGACAAACACUGGAAAUUGAAAAAAAGGAUCCAAUUGCUGCAAAAAAGGUACAGAAGGCUGACCGUGAAAAAUUGAGAAGGGACCGUUUAAAUGAUCAGUUUCUUGAGCUGGGAAACACUUUAGAUCCGGAUAGGCCAAGAAAUGACAAGGCAACAAUUUUAACGGACACAAUCCAGAUGCUGAAGGAUCUAACAGCUGAAGUCGGCCGAUUAAAAGGCGAGUAUGCAACACUCUCUGAAGAAUCAAGAGAGUUAAUGCAGGAGAAGAAUGAGCUGAGAGAAGAAAAAGCAUCUUUAAAAUCUGAUGUUGAAAAUUUGAACUUGCAGUAUCAGCAAAGGCUCAGGGUUAUGUUCCCAUGGGCUGCUGUUGAUCCCUCUGUAGUUGUGCGUCCGACUUAUUCGUAUCCUGUUUCUGUAGCUGUUCCUUCUGGCCCAAUUUCCAUGCAUCAUUCACUGCAGCCAUUUCCCUUCUUUGCAAGUCAGAAUCCUGGUCCCUGUUCAACCUUUAUUUCAUACCCAACUCCUUCUAAUCCGACAAAUGAAAACCCAUCAAUCCAGUACGCUUCUCCUUCCAUUGUUUCAAGCAGACACGAUUCCAAAAGCAAUUCAGCAGAUCGUCCAAGGAGCAGUACUAUUGAAAGAUGUGAUGAUUCAAAUGAUAUUGCAACAGAACUUGAACUGAAAAUGCCUGGAUCUUCAUCUCAACAGGAUGCUUCAUGUGGGGAAAGGAAAGGCAAACAUUUACAGAGGAAAGAAACAAAUAUAACACUUGGUCCUGCUAGCACCUCGAGUAGGUUUUCUUCAUCCGAUGGCAUUCAGGAUGGCUCCUCUAAUAGCAUAGGAGAUGUCUUGCAAUCUAACAAAUGAUGUUCUCAUUGGUUCUCCCAUUGACUUCUCAAACGGUUAGACCUAUAACAGUGGGGUACAACACUCUUACGACUUUCUGAGCAUAACAUCCUUUAUUCGAGUUCCGGCUGUAACCUAUUACUAUAUCACUGCCAGCUGGUACCAACGGCAGAUUGUGGCGAUAACUAACAGUAGGCCAUAGUGGAAAUUGGGUAAUAUGUAUUCAUCUGUACUUGGCACCCAAAGAACCUGAAAAUAGUGUUUUACCGGCCACACCUUCAGUUACUUAACCUAUACAGAGCAUGGUGGCUCAUGAGGUGCAUCAGACAUGUUAAGUGAGGCUUGCUUAUGUUCUUGCUAGAUAGUUACUAAAUCUGUAGAGAAGUGCUAGGCUCUUUUAGUUGAUCAAGGGUUGGGGAUCUAAUUGAGUCGAGUCAAGUUGAAAUAUUAUUAAAUUCGAGCUUGACUUAGAGUUGACCCUAAUAGCUCGAAUUGAAACUCGAUUUGAUUAACUUUGAGUUAAUCUCGAGUAGCUUGCAAAAUAUGAUGACUCGAGUUUACCCCCAUUACUGCCCUUUCAAUUGUAACCACUUUUUCUAUCAUUAUUACUAUUAAACAUUAUAA